ACGCGCGCACGGAACGCACGGAAACACACGGCCAUCCAUCGCUCCGGUUCCCCUCACGCCUUCCCAUGCGCCGGUACCGCGCAGCGCUCCCUGCGCCAAGAUGAGCGGCCGCUCCGCAGCCAUCUGAAGACUGAGAGGGGGGAGAGAGAGAGAGGAGGGGAGAGAGAGAGAGAGAGAGAGAGAGAGAGAGAGAGAGAACCAUCUCCUCUCAUAACCUAUCCACCGUUUCGUUUUGGACGAGACUGCAGCGCGAGCCGUUUCUUUCGGCAUCUUUUCUUUCAGCCGACCCCCCUCUUCGUUUUUGUUGAUCUCUCGGUUCAAAGGAGAAAGCGGUGAGCCCGGUCGUGAUUUUUUUUUUUUUUUUGGGUGGAAAUACAUUUUGCCAUUUGUUGUAUUUUUUCAUUUCUUGCUGAGUGUGGGUAGCGCGCAGUUUGUGCGCGCUGGUGCAAAUUCCGGUGAAUGGUGGAUUUGGCAAACAUGGAGACCGUGGAGAAGGAAUGCGGGGCCCUCGGGGGUCUAUUCCAGGCGAUUGUCAACGACAUGAAGUGCUCCUAUCCUGUGUGGGAGGACUUCACCGCCAAGGCCACCAAGCUGCAUUCCCAGCUCCGAACGACUGUGCUUGCUGCUGUGGCCUUUCUGGAUGCCUUUCAGAAGGUGGCAGACAUGGCAACCAACACCAGAGGGGCAACCAGAGACAUCGGGUCAGCUCUGACCAGGAUGUGCAUGAGGCAUCGCAGCAUUGAGGCCAAACUCCGCCAGUUCACCAAUGCUUUGAUGGAGAGUCUGAUCAAUCCUCUCCAGGACAAGAUUGAGGACUGGAAGAAGACGGCCAACCAGCUGGAUAAGGACCAUGCCAAAGAGUACAAGAGGUCACGCCACGAGAUCAAGAAAAAGUCAUCCGACACCAUGAAACUACAGAAGAAGGCUCGUAAAGAGAUCCAGGGGCGAGUGGACCUGCAGCCGCAGCUGGACAGCGCCAUGCAGGACGUGACGGACAUGUGUCUGCUGAUGGAGGAGACGGAGAAGCAGGCGGUGCGCCGAGCCCUCGUGGAGGAGAGGGGUCGCUUCUGCACCGUCAUCGGCUUCCUGCAGCCGGUCGUGAACGGAGAAAUCGCCAUGCUGGGAGAGAUCACCCACCUCCAGGCCAUCAUUGAUGACCUCACCGUGCUGACGACAGAUCCUCACAAACUGCCCCCAGCUAGUGAACAGGUGAUUAAGGAUCUCAAGGGGUCCGAUUACAGCUGGUCCUAUCAGACCCCUCCUUCGUCCCCGAGCAGCUCCGGCUCCCGCAAGAGCAGCAUGUGCAGCAGUGUCAACAGUGCCCACAGCAGCGCCUCCCGUUCAUCGGGGGGAGGCGGUGUUGGUGGAGUUGGUGGAGGCUCGCUGCCCCACUCACCCACCUCUUCCUCCUCCUCCUCCUCCUAUCGCUACCGCAGCAGCCUGCCGCAUCAGCCUCUGCCACCGGGGGGCAUCGCCGCCCACCGCCUCAGCAGUGUCUCCUCCCACGAUUCGGGCUUUGUGUCCCAGGAUGCCAACAUCUACUCCAAGCCCCCCUCGCCCAUGCCCUCAGACAUCACGAGCCAGAAGUCAUCCAGUUCGGCGUCGUCAGAGGCCUCAGAAACAUGCCAGUCAGUCAGUGAAUGCAGCUCCCCCACCACUGAUUGGUCCAAAGCAGGUCAGUAUGAGCAGCCUGGGGCCGCGGCGGCAGUUCAGAGGAGGAAGGAACCCCUCGAUAGACUGAGGGAGAACGAGAUGUCCCCGAGCUCACAGGGGUACACCGGGCCGACGCACCCCGACGACGCACAGAGACACAGGAUGACCCCGGCAACCAUCGCCGCCAAGCAUGGAGAGGAGGUGUCUCCAGCAGCCAGUGACCUGGCCAUGGUGCUGACCAGGGGACUGAGUAUGGAGCAGCAGAAAAGCAACCGAGACUCGCUGCAGUACUCCAGUGGCUACAGCACAGAGACCACAACCCCAUCCUGCUCCGAGGACACCAUUCCUUCACAAGGUUCUGAUUACGACUGCUACUCAGUGAACGGUGAUGCUGAAGGAGCAGAUGGCCAGACAGAGUUUGACAGGUCUUCUACCAUUCCUCGACACUCUAACAUCGCCCAGAACUACCGGCGCAUGAUCCAGACCAAGAGGCCUGCCAGCACCGCCGGCCUACCCAGUGGGGUUCUUGGUCCCGGCGGUCAUGGGACACCAGGACAACCCGGUGGAGCUGGUGGUGGUGGUGGUGGAGCAGGAACUCCAGGCACCGCCACCAUCCGCCGAACUCCGUCGACAAAACCGGGCGUGAGGCGCACGCUGUCCAGCGCCGGGCCCAUACCCAUCCGACCGCCCAUCGUGCCCGUCAAGACGCCCACGGUCCCCAGAGACUCGCAUUCCCCCGGCGCAGCCGGAGGUGGGUAUGCAGGGGGAGGGCACUCGGGUGGUGUGCCCGUACGUGUGGGCAGCGAAGAGUGCGUGUUCUUCACCGGAGUCGAUGAUGGGCAGGGAGCGCUUGAUUACGUGAAGGCUUCACCCAAGCGCCUCAGCCUGCCUAACACCGCCUGGGGGUCGGGGGCGGCGCUGGAGGUCUACGCCCAGCAGCACGCUGGCGUCGCAUUGGGAACGGGAUCAGAGGAGGAUCAGAUGAUUGCGGCCAAUCGGCACAGCCUAGUGGAGAAGAUCGGCGAGUUAGUGGCCAGCGCGCACGCCCUCGGAGAGGGGCAGUUUCCUUUCCCCGCCCUCCCCGAUGACCCGGCCGGGCCUCCUACAGGCCUCGCCGACGCUGCGUCAGGCACCGAGGGGGCAGUAAGGUCUGGCGACAUGUUGACCACCAUCAGGAGAGGAGUCCGUCUCCGCAAGACCGUCUCCAAUGACCGCUCGGCGCCACGCAUUUUGUGAUUGGAGGAGAAACAACCAGAGGAUGAUACCCGUCAGCCAAUAGGGAGUCAGGUGUUGGUGUGGUGCAACCCAACCGCCUAGUACAUGCACAGACACUUAACUACGUAGGGAACGCUAUAACAUAACAGAAGAUGAAUAAAACAAACAAAAAAAAUAAGUUUAAAGACACCAUUAGAGAUGAUAUAUAAUAUACUGAUAAUAACAUUAAUAAUGUUAACUCAUGCUGAUAAUUACAAGUGAAAUAGUGAAUAUUGACAGGCUCCUAGCAGGCCACUAUAACUAGUGUGUGUUGGACGCAUGUUUGUCUUCUCUACACCUUCACCCAGGGACGGAAACACUUGAAGGAAAGACCGAUAACAGAAAAAAAAAAGAAAAGGCAAAUGAAAGAGAGAAAAACUGGUUCCGUUUGUUGAAGAACACGCUUCCCCAUCCUCUGCUCCAACUAACCCAGCUGUCUAAUCCCAGAUGAAAGACUGAGGGGGGGGGGGGGGGGGUGGGUGGCGAGAGAGAGAGAGAGGGAAGUCAGAGUGUCAUGCUAUCAGCUGGAAUAGAACUCUGUCUGUCUCAGCAGCAACGUACUGUACUCAUUAGUGCACUGAAAUGAAGCUUUGGCAUUAGCACGGGGAGCUAACAAGCCAGAGAGCUCCUCUGGUUCAUCCUAAUGUAAAAAAAAAAAAAAAAAAUGGUGUUGGCAUUGAACCGUGCUAGUGCUCCUCACGCGCUCUCUCUCUUUGUGUGUGUGUAUAGCGUUUGCGUGGAUUCAUGUGUAGGCAUAUGACAAUGUAAGCGUGUGUGUGUGUGUGCAAAGGUUUGGGGGGGGGGGGGGGGG